AGUUAAUUAAUGAGCAGCAUGACCCGUUGGUUGGACGUGGAAGUGGGCACGGACGACGUGGACCUGAACGCGCUUCCGUCCAACUUGUGCUUGGUGGAUUUGCACAAUGACAACGAAUAUAGGUUGCUAUUGGGAGACUUGGGGAGGGAUGAGGAUGGACCCAAGUUGAGGAUCUUCCAGGGCGUAACGCAAGUGUCCGACAUGGUGCUCCCCGAUCUACCGCUAGCAGUAGUCAGUCUGUACACCAACGACAAUGUGCCCCGCAGUCUCCCGAUCAUUGCCGUCGCAUUCAGCUCUUGUAUCUACAUUUAUAGGAAUAUGAAACUGUUCUAUAAGUACUAUCUGCCUAGUGUGGAGCUAAAUGCGAGUGAGAUUGAGGUUUGGAAACAGCUCCUUACCCCAGCCAAUCAAAACCCUGCUUCCGUCAAAUCGUACACGGACAGCCUAAAGCACUUCCCAGAGAAGUCCCUCAGCCAGCAAUCGCAGAACUUCCUCAGCAUGAGCUCAGACCAGCAGUUGGAGUAUCUUGAACAGUCUCCGGAGCUGCCUGCAAUGGUGCUGCCAGAGAUCACUUGUGUUACCAGUAUGAAGUUGGCUUCGGUGGACAAGCACGCGGCUGCGUGUUUGAUUGUCGGAACGGAAGAUGGCGAUGUUUUUGUACUGGAAUCACAGAUGUUUAAUCAGUUGUCACAGGCAAAGCUGUGUAAUGUGAGGAAAACGCCUUAUCAAAUGAUAGCAACGGGUCUGUACAGCGUAGACUAUAGAAUUACUGUGGCGACCAGAGAGAAAUCAGUGUGUCUGCUAAAAAGGGGUUGGAAAGAAGGAAAGAUUUUGUUCAACACGGAGGAACAUAUUAUUGCCAUUGAAGUGAUACCGGCAGACAGCAGUGUAAUCGCUAUAUGCGCCGAUAAUACGCUCACCUGCUAUAGUAAGAAGGGUAAAAAGCAGUGGUCCCUAAACCUGGAGCAUCGUCCGAUCGCCAUAUCGCUAGUGGCGAUAUCGCACCUCGGGGCUACAUUGAUAGCUGUGUCGCUUGCUUCUGGCCACGUUCAUCUGUAUGAUGGAAAGGCACGAAGAGAUACUAUUUUUGUUAGAGACGUGGCGUCAGUCCUAAAGUUUGGUCAGCUUGGGCAAGAGGAGCACGUCUUCAUUAUUGUUACAGGAAGCGGCCAUCUAAUGCUAAAAAUUCUGAAGAGGACAGCAGAAUUCAACGCCCAUGGCGUGGGCAUAGAGUCGUCCGCGCCCAGCGCUGGGAAGCCGUGGCUCAUACCCAAGAAGUCCAAGCUGUUUCUAGAGCAGAGUGUGAGGGAAAGAGAAAACGCUGUUGGUAUGCACAUAUCGUUUCAACAAGAGAUGAGUCGCCUACGGCUCGUAGCCGCGAAAACUCUACUAGAGGCGCAUCAGAAGAGCGAUAAUUCAGUAGGCGUCGGCGCCCUAGAACCCAUCAGGCUAGCAGCCGAGGUAGAAGGAUUAGGUCCAGUGUUCCGAGUGACACUGCAAGUUGAGAACACGAGCGAUAAGGCCGUGGUCGGCCUCUCCAUACUAUUUCAUGUGCACACCUCCAACUAUAAGGUGUCGCAGCCAUAUAUAAAGGUACCGCUCCUCGCACCAAACAGCAGACUCCGCUUCCCGACCAAAGUGGAAGAAGUGUUCGACAGUGAACUGAACCCGGACAUUUUCUUCCGUUCCGUGACCGGGCAGGGGGGGGAGCGGGCGCUGGUCAAGAUACUGCUGCUGAAGGAGGGGGGGAGGGGGCCCGUGCUGGCCGUGUCGGUGCAGAUGCCCCCGACGGACCCGAUGAUGCUGCCCUAUGAUAAGAUGCAGGAUACGGAUGGCUUUGGGGAUGCAAAUGCAACUUUUGCUAAUGACGCCUGA